AUGGGGAGCGCUUGUUUUCCCCGGGACGUUUGUUUGUUUAUCCUCCUCAUAAAUACUUGCAUGGUGAUGGGGAAUGUCGGACUGUCAGAUGCAGACGAGUGUGCAGAAGGUUCCGACGACUGCCACAUCGACGCCCUCUGCCAGAACACGCCCAAGUCCUACAACUGCAUCUGCAAGCCGGGCUACAAGGGAGAUGGCAAGCAGUGUGAAGACAUGGACGAGUGUGAGAACGACUACAAUGGGGGCUGUGUGCAUGAAUGCAUCAACAUACCUGGCAACUACAGGUGCACCUGCUACGAUGGAUUCAUGCUGGCCCACGACGGACACAACUGUCAGGAUGUGGACGAGUGCGCGGACAACAACGGCGGGUGCCAGCAAGUAUGCGUCAACACCAUGGGGAGCUACGAGUGUCAGUGCACGGAGGGCUUCUUCCUCAGCGACAACCAGCACACCUGCAUCCACCGCUCUGAUGACGGGAUGAACUGCAUGAACAAGGACCACGGCUGUGCCCACAUCUGCAGGGAGGCACCAGGCAAAGGCGGGGUGUCGUGCGAGUGCCGUCCUGGCUUUGAGCUGGCCAAGAACCAGAAAGCCUGCAUACUGACGUGUAACUAUGGAAAUGGCGGCUGCCAGCACACAUGUGACGACACAGACACAGGUCCGGUGUGUGGCUGCCACCAGAAGUACGCCCUGCACUCAGACAGCAAGACCUGCGUCGAGAAAGAUGAGGCUGCAAUUGAGAGCUCUGAGUUCAAUUCCACGUCAGUAGCUGAUGUGGACAAGCGGGUGAAACGGCGGCUACUUAUGGAGACCUGCGCCGUGAACAACGGCGGCUGCGACAGGACGUGUAAAGACACGGCCACAGGGGUGCGCUGCAGCUGCCCCGUGGGAUUCACUCUGCAGCCCGAUGGCAAAACCUGCAAAGACAUCGACGAGUGCCAGGAGAACAACGGAGGCUGCGAUCACUUCUGCAGGAACACGGUGGGCUCCUUCGAGUGCAGCUGCCAGAAAGGCCAUAAACUGCUCACCGAUGAACGGACAUGCCAAGACAUCGAUGAAUGCUCCUUUGAGAGGACCUGUGACCACACCUGCAUCAACUACCCCGGCAGCUUUGAGUGCGUGUGCCAGAAGGGCUACAUCCUGUACGGCCUCACACACUGUGGAGACAUUGAUGAGUGCAGCAUCAGCAACGGGAGCUGUGAGUACGGCUGCAUAAACACCCAGGGCGGCUACGAGUGUGUGUGUCCGCCUGGACACAAGCUCCACUGGAACAAGAAAGACUGCAUCGAGGCGGUGAAGUGUCUGCCCAAUGGGAAGCCAGCACCCCGAGCCCAGCUGACAUGCACCAAGAGCGGAGGGGCGGAGGUCUGCUCGCUUUCUUGCCCCUCCAACGCCCUCUUCGUCGCAGACUCGGAGAACAGCUACACACUGAGCUGUGGAGUGCCCGUCCAGCCUGGGAAAGCUCCUCAGAAGAGGAACGUCACCGUGGCCUUGCCCACCUGUGCCGACACGCUGGCCCCGCCCAUCAAACAGAAGGCCAGGUUUAAGAUCAAAGACGCCAAGUGUCACCUGCGGCCCCGCAACAAGGAGAAACACAGAGAUUCAUCCAGGCAGAGCCUGCAAGGAGGCCAGUUCCCCUGCACCGACAACUGCCAGGUGACUUUUGUCAACCUUAAGUGCGACUCGUCUAAGAAGCGCCGACGAGGACGCAAAUCCCCCUCCAAAGAAGUUUCCCACAUCACAGCAGAGUUUGAGAUGGAGAUGAAGGAGGAGGAAGCCUCAGACACGUGCAACGUGGACUGCGUGCGGGAAAGGGUGAAGCAGAAGCUGCAGAGCGCCAUGCGGACGCUCAGGAAGUCCAUCAACAAACAGCAGUUCUACAUCCAGUUCUCUGGGACGGAGUACGAGGUGGCCCAGAAACCGUCCCGGGUGCUCGAGGGAGCCGAGGCCUGCAGCACAGGACAAGUCCUCCGAGACGGCAAGUGUGCGAGCUGCGGCUUGGGGACCUUCUACAGCGGGGUGCAGGAGCAGUGUGUCCAGUGUCCCCCCGGGACCUACCAGGACACGGUGGGCCAGCUGUCCUGUGAGCCGUGUCCCAGCACUGAAGGACAGGGCAUCGCCGGAGCCAGGAACAUGUCUCAGUGUGGAGGUCAGUGUUCAGCGGGUCACUUCUCCUCCGACGGGUUCCGUCCAUGCCAGCUCUGUCAGCUAGGCUCCUACCAGCCGGAACCGGGCCGUGUCCUCUGCUUCCUCUGCGGAGGAGGUCUCAUGACCAAGUACGAGGGAUCGGUGUCCUUCAGGGACUGUGAGGCCAAAGUGCACUGCGCUCCUGGACAUUACUACAACUCCACUACCCACCGCUGCAUCCGCUGCACUGGAGGAACCUACCAGUCGGACUUUGGGCAGAACUACUGCAUCACCUGCCCGGGGAACACCACCACUGACUUUGACGGAGCCACCAACGUCUCCCACUGCAAAAACCAGGUGUGUGGAGGCGAGCUGGGAGAAUACACGGGCUACAUCGAGUCUCCCAACUACCCUGGAGAUUACCCGUCCAACGUGGACUGUGUCUGGACCAUCAACCCGCCUCACAAGAGGCGCAUUCUCAUCGUGGUACCAGAGAUCUUCCUCCCCAUCGAGGACGAGUGUGGAGACGUGCUCGUCAUGAGGAAGAGCGCCCUGCCCACCUCCAUCACCACCUAUGAGACGUGUCAGACCUAUGAGCGGCCCAUCGCCUUCACCUCUCGCUCCCGCAAGCUCUGGAUUCAGUUUAAGACCAACGAGGGCAACAGUGGCAAAGGCUUCCAAGUCCCAUACGUCACCUACGAUGAGGACUACCAGCAGCUGAUAGAGGACAUCGUGCGAGAUGGCAGGCUCUACGCCUCUGAGAACCACCAGGAGAUACUCAAGGACAAGAAGCUGAUAAAGGCCCUGUUUGACGUGCUGGCCCACCCCCAGAACUACUUCAGGUACACGGCACAGGAGUCCAAAGAGAUGUUCCCCCGCUCCUUCAUCAAGCUGCUGCGCUCCAAAGUCACCAGGUUCCUCAGGCCGUACAAAUAGACCCCUCCCCGUCAUCCUGCGUCAUUCCAACCCAGCUACCUAGAAGUAACC